CACUCUAACAGCUGUGUACGGGCUAAAAAAACAAGAUCAAAACAUCUCUGCCCUCCUUUCAACCCUGCCAGCUGUCUUUCUGGUAAACAUCUUCAAUGUAUUGCCAUUUUCAUGACUCUGGAGAGUGUAACAGCUAGCUAGCUCCAGUCCUGCGUUUUGGGAUGGAUCUGUUGGAGCUCCCCACGCCGAUGAAUGAUCAUGCGGCUUCUCCCCCUUCGGAGCCCAAAGCCAAGAGCUGCGAUCUGUCCCCCGCUAUGAGAGCCAAGAUCGAACGGAACAGACAGCGGGCUGUGAUGCUGAGGCAAGCCCGCCUGGCCAACAGACCAUCGGCAGGAGAAGGUGGUGGAACCUCGGCUAAAGUCGCCAAGACAGUCGACUCUGGUGGAGGGUUCUUCAUUGAAGAAGAAGAGGAGAAGCAAAGGAAAGUGGUGCAUCAACCAGCCCCUGUGAUAAAGGCAGACUACCUGGUGUGUGAUGACUGUGACAAGUCGUUUAUGGAUUCCUACCUCAGCAACGGCUUCGAUCUGGCAGUCUGUGACAACUGCAGAGACUACGAGGUGAAACACAAGCUGAUAUCCCGUACGGCGGCUAAGCAGCUCUACCUACUGAAGGACUGUGACCUGGACCAGAGGGAGCCAGUGCUGAGGUUUGUCCUGAGGAAGAACCCACACAACCCUCACUGGGGAGACAUCAAACUCUACCUCAGGCUGCAGGUGGACAAGCGCUCUUUAGAGGUGUGGGGCUCUGAGGAAGCCCUGGAGGAGGCCAAGGAAGCAAGAGAGGAGAACAGGGAGGUGCAGAAGCAGAAGCGCUUCAACAAAAAAGUCAAAGAGCUGCGUUGUGCGGUGAGGAGAAGCAUGUUUACCAAGGGAACCAGUGCUCACCAGCACGAGUACAGCCCUGAGGAACUAGUGGAUGAAGAGGAGGAUCUCUACAGGAAGGUCUGUAACGCCUGUGGACACAAACUGACCUAUGAGAAGAUGUAGCCGUGUGUCCUUUAAACCUUAUCCCCGGGGGCCCACAGGGGAGUUGUUUUUAUGUGGACCACUGUACUUGACACAGGCCUUGAAGCAAGGAGGCCUACCUGAAAUCAUGUCUCAGCACAUGCCAUACACAACGCAGACAUACAUCAAUAUUUCUCUCUUACAAUAUGUUGUGCUCCAGAAGCUGGUGAUUGCUGUUAUACUGUAAAAUAUGAACUGUUAAGCAUUUUAACUUCCC